AAGCGGGAUGGAUAGACAGAUGAUAAAGGAUUCUGAGUCAUCAGAUGUCCGACAUUUAGUGAACGCACCGCAGCAUCUGGCAGAUUCUCUCCUUCAGGCAGGGCGAUUCUCAAAAGCGGACACGCCCCUCCCGGUGCACUUGUCAAAGGGUGAGUGAAGGAGGGUGACGUCACACUUGCGUGCACGGACACCCGGAGAAAACAGCUCUCGGACACCAAAAAAUUUUUGCGUUUGCCAACUAUUGUUGAUGCCACAAUGCUGCCUUCAAGAAGAACUUUUGAGGCGGACAAGCAGCAGCUGCAGCAGCUCAACGGCCGGCUGGCUCAGUACCUCACCAGGACGCAGCAAUUGGAGCGGGAGAACGCGCGUCUUCUGGCGGAGAUUAACCAGCUCAGACAGGCCCAAGUGGCGGAGCGGGAGCCACGCUACAAGGCCGAAGUUCGCGAGCUGAGGCGGGCGAUGGAGCGGGUCGCGCUGGAGAAGUCUCGCGCCGAGAUGGAGCGCGAGAGGCUGUGCAUGGAGUUGGAGACCGUUCGCUCCCUGUGCAGCCAGCAGAGCGACGCCUGCCGGGACAUCGGCGGGGAGCUGCACGGCCGCGAAGAAGAGCUCCGGGCGGCUCACCAGAACAAUGCGUUGCUCCAGCAGCGUCUGCUGGAGCUUCAGAGAGAGUAUGUCUUCUUGGAGGAGAAGCACCAGCAGCAGAUGGGCCAGCUCAGACGACAAAUUAACUCCCAGGUGAACUCCAGGGUGGUCAUGCAGAGUUACCAUGGACCUCCUGCAGCCUCUGUGGAGGAGGUGCAGGAGUACGCCCGCGGGAUGUCCGAAGGCUGGAUGCAGACCUUAGAGAUGUACCAACAGAAAGUGGAGGAGAUGGAACGGGCCAUCCGGGAGGAUCAAGCCAUGUUAGGUGACCUGCAGAGGGAGAAAAUGCUGCACAACUCCGAGCUGGACAAAUUACGCUUGGAUGCGGAGAAACAAGGGCAGCUGCAAAUGCGUCUGGAGGAGCAACUGCUGCACAUGCAGGAGAAAUUCUGUCAGGAUGAGGGCGAGUAUCAGAUGAUUAUCGACCAGCUGGAACGAGAAAGGAACGCCAUGGCGGAGUCCAUCACGCAGAGGAUGCAGGACCAUCAGCAUCUGCUGCGGGUCAAGAUGGACCUUGGCAUGGAGGUGGCAGCUUACAGAGCGCUCUUGGAGGGUGAGAGAGUUGGGCUUCAAGAUGCUCACCGAAGAAUAAGCGAACACCAGAGGGAGAGGAUCAUAGAUAUCAAGAUGCCUGCCCAACCCUACGCUCCAAGAACUCUCACCCCAAGCAGACAGCCUAUGGACGUCAGAUUCACGCCGUCGUCUAUUUUGAGAAAAUCUCCCGUAGCUCCCUCAAAGUCCAGAAGUCCUUCCAGGGUUAUUCCAAUUUCACUUGCAACCAGAUCUCAGCAUCAGAGUCCAGCCUCCAGAAGGGACAUGAUCUCAUUCACCAAAGCCCGGGCUUCCACUUCUUCCACUGUUCCCAAAGAUCAAGAAAUCAUCCAGACCGAGCGACAAAGCUCACUAUCAGCAGAGAAAAUAAAGAAAACCGAACAUGUCUCAAAGGUACGGAGCCAAACCACUUCCACGAAGUCCUUUGCAGACACUCCCUCAGGUAGGGCGUUGUCACCACCGAGGGGGAGGAGCCUCAACAUAAAACCAGAGACGGAUACGGGAAUUGAGGGCGCAGAUGAACCGGAUAAAGGAAAUCUAUGUGUAAGCGAGUCGAAGGAGGAAGACAAAAUCAAGCCCGUGAUUGAGUCGAGUGAGAGAAAGGCUUUAGAUGGUGUGUCUUUGGAAGAGCUCAUUGAGACGGUGAUCAAACCAGCUGGUUUGGAAGCCAAAGUUUGCUCCUCCGGAGAAUCAAAGAUGACCUAUCAGGUGGAAAAAAUCAAACAGGGGGACGGCUCGAUGAAGACUCAGAUUGUGUUACAGUCUAAGGUGGAGGAGGAAGUGGACCUUUCAGAGGAAUCGGCCCUGGAGCAGCUUUUAAGCCAAGGGGUGAAGAAGGUUUCCCUGGAGGACAUCGAGGACACAGCAACAGGAAGCAUGAUCAGGAACCUGCUCAGUGGCCUGCAGGGAGAAGCGAACCUACAAAAUAAAUCUGUCAAUGUCCAAAUUAUUGAGCAACCGGUGGAGUCUUACGAUGAAGACGUUACUGAGAAGUCCAGAUCUUGUUUUUAUGAGCCCUCGGCAUAUUUCCAAAUUGAGGAGAUGGAAGAAGACCAAGACGCGCAAGUUGAGAGGAGUCGUUUUGACCCCGUGAAAAGGUCCAAAGUCGAACCUGUCCAGGCUCAGGAGGAGAGUGAGUCUUUAUAUUUCACCCAUGAUCAAGAGCCCGCUGAGUAUUUUGUCUCCACGCCAGACGAUAAUCUCUCUGAACCCGAGGAGGGUUGCAGCAUUACCUCAUACGGUCAUUAUGGGAUGGUGGAUGACUUGUCCGAUGAAAGGUAUUACCGAGAUGACAGACUUCCGCAAACCAGAACCAUACUUGAAGAACACGACGAGGACAGGUUGAUGUCAGAUCCGCCUUUUCUCAAAGAGACCAUUCCCGAGUGCAUUAUUGAAGAGGAGAUUCGUGUUUCCCCCAUAGUGCAGGAGUCAAUGCUUGAGUUCCUGCGAGAAGACUCCUUGGAGCCCAAAGAGCAACUGAGAGGAGCUUUGGAGAAGUUACAGGGCUCCGUGUCAGGCCCACUGAGGGAGGAGUUAGCUUUCCUCACCAAAGUAAGCAGUGAAAGUCCCCAGAACGUCGCCGUUGACGUCAAGAAAGUGCAGCAGUCAAGUGAAGGCGGCACCACAACCAUUGUUGCGGAGCUGAACGUCUCGCAAACGCUGGAGGACUCCGGGCUGCUGGACGACUCCGGGCUGCUGGACGAUGACAGUUUAUCGGAAGAGAAGAUCAUGGCCGCACUGAGGUCUUCCAAGUUUGGGAGUGCUUUAGAGGGAGUAGGUGGAGGAGGAUACAGCAUCAGGAUCUCCAAAGAACAGCAUGUCGAGCUCGCCGAUGAUUUUGACAUUGCGGGGGAAGGCGAAUCUUCGUCCCCUGUUGCAGAGAGACAAAUCAGACCGAGUCCGUCUGAGAUGGAGGGACACAGCAGCCCUGCUGACGCUAGCUCCGAUCAAGAGUGAAUGAAAGGCGAUCGUUGGAAAUUUAAAGGCCCUAGAGAUGGUCAAGAAGAUUGUAUUUUAUCAAUGAAUGCGUUGAUUCCAAAAGCAAGAGUAGAUUGGCCGAAUAGCGUCGGUGUUCAUAGGAGACACUGCAGCUCUUGAAUUGUAGUACCCUUGAGGGGGUUUGACAUCCAUCCAUAGCCAUCAUAUGGAGGUAUUUUAUGAGUGGCCAACAUUUUCGGAUGAUCUCCUUCACGGUCUUUUGGGGAUUAGUUCUCAAAUUUCAAAUUAAGAUCCCCUAUUCACAACAACAUGACCCGUAAGGUAGCUGAGCUCAAAACGUCAGAUUGGUAGCUGUCUGGUCAGCUCGCUUCAGAGCGUAACUUUGAUCUGCGGCUGAUUUAGAAAAGAUCCCUGUUGAUGUUGAAUGGCUUUCGACAUGACAUGAGUGUUCAGUGUUUACUCUUCUGUUGUGUCCUUACUGUUCUGGUUUUUCUCAACACUAUUGAUUUUCAGUUAUGUUCCAUUCUCAAUAUACCGUCGCUGGGAUCCAAACAGUAAAUUUCAUCUAUAAAUGCAAUUUCUUCCCUAACGGCCUAUCGCUGAUUGAUUUGUGAGGACUAUAAGGUACUGUCUCUCAAAACACGUUAAGAGACAUAUUAGGGAAAAUUGACUACUUGCAUGCAAAUAAUUUGGACUCUGGAGUGCCUAACCAAGUAAAUCUUUUUCUGGGCUACCUGUUUCCCAAAAUGUGUUUGUGAGCGAGCAGUUCUGUUGUGUGUUUUUAAGUCUGUGUCUGCUGCAUGCGCCACAUGCAUGGAUCAGCACUCUAAUUGCCAGAUUUAAUUCGGCAGCUGUGAUAAUGUGCUGGCUCCACGAGUGAAAAUCCAAUCUGUCUUUCUUUUUACACUCUGGGCUCAACAAGUUACCACUCGCUCGCUCUACAAAAGCCAUCCACUUGUUGACAGACCCCGCUGUUGAGGGGUGGGGGACGGGGUGAGUAUUGGCAAGAUGACUUCAGAAAAGUUAGUAAGGAAGGGUUUAAAGAGACAGUGUGUUCAAAAUUUUUGAUGCUUCAAUGUUCAUUCAUUAAAAAAAGAAAAAAAAUCAAUUAUCUGCCAAAAAUUGUUGUUGCAUUCUAUUAGUUCGCCACUAGAUGGCAAGUACAUUUUACGCACUGUACCUUUAAAGUGUGUUGUACAGUAGUUCUUGAUUGAGGUAUUUUGAUGAAAGCAUGUCACAAACAUGUUAUGAAGGCCUCUGUCCACUGGACGC